CUUGUUUUUCUUUUGCUUUUGCUCUUGUACCAGUAUAUACCCUUUUCUUCUUCUCUCUUUCGCCGCUUCUUUGUACUAUAGAAAUGACUCUGUCGGCCUCAUCAUCGACGCACCACCUCUACCAGCACAAGUGGAAGAAGGGCCUGGCCGUAUUUUCAAAGUGGUCGCCGCGAGACAGAAAGCUGUUGACGCCAACCGUCAUGGCAGCUGCGACCGAGAAAGUGAUCCGGCACCAGCGCACAUCGACAGCUGCUCGUGCAGUCAACAGCGAAGAUCUCACCGCAAGCCAGUUUGCUUCAUAUGCGGGCAUCAAGAUCCACGACGACGAUAGCAACGACGAUGACGACGAUGAUGACGACGACGAUGAUGAUGAGGUACCACAACAGGUGCAUACGGCCAUGCUGUCGCCAGAGCCCAUGGCUGUCCCGAUGGCGCGCAGCUGCUCAGAUCGCGGACGCAAGGCACCUCAGAUUUGGGAUUCAGAGUUCUGGGAGCACGAAACUAUGCAUACGACGACGACAACGACGACGACGACGACGCCGACGAUGAAACAGCAACAACGACAGCCAACGUCCAUCAUGAUGGCACCAGCCAGUUCAUAUGCUUCGACUGCUUCAACAUCGUCUACUUACUCCGCGCUCUCGGAUUGUAGCACAUCAACAAACAGCAACAGCAACAACAGUAGCAACGAUGUGCCUCAGCUUGUGCGAUCGCACCCGAGCGUUAUUCAUAAAGGUCGAUUCAAGAUUGUUCUCGGCAACGAAGAUGUCAAUGAGACGCCGGCUCAGCCUCAGGUCAUCGAGUGGCGCCGCAAACGCUCCUGCACGAAUUAAAAAAACCACAAAACACACACACACACUACGGUCCAUGGACCAAGUUCCUCUCGUUCCUCUGCGACACCCAAGAACAACAUUCAAACAAAAUGUACAUAAACAGCAAUAAUACCCAAACGCGGUCUCUUACCAAGGCAUACACACACACACACAACCAACCAAACCACGUAUACAACUCACAACGACACUUGUUCUCCCUUAUGUUUUUCUUUUGUGCGCGGCUCCAAAACGGUUCCUAUGUUAUUAACAACA